AUGACCCAAGCCGAACGACAGCCCCUGCUGGGCCUCUCCAGCACCCCCGUCUUCCCAGACGAAGUGCCCGACCCCGAAGCCGCCGCCCGACCGGCCACCAACAACCCCAAAACCCUCACCUGGACGAGCGCGUACAUCCUCGUGAUCUCCCGCGUCAUCGGCAGCGGCAUCUUCGCGACCCCGGGCUCGAUCGUCAAGUCCGCCGGGAGUGUGGGCCUGUCGUUGUUGAUCUGGGGGGUGGGCACCGUGCUCGCCGCGUGCGGGCUGGCCGUGUCGCUGGAGUACGGGUGCAUGCUGCCUCGCUCGGGCGGCGAUAAGGUGUAUCUGGAAUAUACCUACCCGCGGCCGCGCUUCCUGGCGUCGACGUUGAUCGCCGUGCAGGCGGUGCUGCUGGGGUUCACGGCCAGCAACUGCAUCGUCUUCGCCAAGUACACCUUCUUCGCGUGCAACGUCGAGCCGACCGAGCUGCAGCACAAGGUCCUGGCGCUGGGGUUGAUUACUGCGGUCACAAUCAUGCACGGGUUCUUCCUGCGGACGGGCAUCUGGGUGCAGAACGUGCUGGGAUGGCUGAAGAUCUUCCUGGUCGGGGCCAUCUCGUUGACCGGCAUCUGGGUGAUCCUCGUGCGUCCGCCCAGCGAGACGGAUGCGUCGUUUGGGGCCGAGCGGGGGAGUGUGUUCAGCUCCUGGGACUCGCUGUGGGAGGACUCCAACUGGAGCUGGAAUCUGCUUUCCACGUCUCUAUUCAAGGUCAUCUACUCGUACGCUGGGCUGAGCAACUUGAACAACGUCAUGAACGAGGUGCGCGAUCCCGUGCGCACCCUCAAGACGGUGUGUCCGGCGGCGCUCCUGACGGCCGGGGCGCUGUACUUUCUGGCCAACAUCUCUUACUUCCUGGUGGUCCCGAUCGAGGAGAUCAAGAACAGCGGAGAACUCGUGGCAGCGCUGCUGUUCGAGCGGCUGUUCGGGAAUCAGAUCGGGAGAACGCUGCUUCCUCUGGCCAUUGCCAUUUCUGCCGCUGGCAACGUCAUGGUCGUCACUUUCGCGUUGGCCCGCGUCAACCAAGAGAUCGCCCGCCAGGGCUUCCUCCCCUGGUCGAAGGUGCUUUCGUCCUCUCGACCGUUCGGAGCACCGCUCGGCGGACUGAUCGUGCACUACAUCCCUUCCGUGCUGGUGAUUGCCCUCCCGCCCCAAGGCGACGUCUACAACUUCAUCCUGGAUGUCGAAGGCUAUCCGGGCCAAUUCUUCAGUCUAGCUGUGACGUUGGGGCUCCUGCUGCUCCGCUACAAGGAGCCUGACCUCCCGCGCCCGUUCAAGGCGUGGUUGCCUGCUGUGUGGCUGCGCGUGCUCAUCUCUUUAGUCCUACUGGCGUCGCCAUUCUUCCCGCCAGAGGGCGGCAAGGGCGACGUGGGCUUCUUCUACGCGACGUAUGCGAUUGUCGGCACUGGCGUAAUCGUAUUUGGAGUGUUGUACUGGUACGUCUGGACGGUGCUGCUGCCCCGAUGGGGCGGAUAUCAUUUGGAGGAGGAGAAAGCCGUGACCGAGGAUGGAGCAACCCAUACCAAACUACGGCCGUCCGAGUCCGUGCCGACCACGAUCCACGACGUCAGCGGCCGCGAAGCCGAGUACACACUCGACGGCAACGGCUUCCAGUUCCACCCGCACGUCAGCGCAGAGAAGGACUUCCUGGAUGACGAGCAGAUCAAGCGGGUGUAUUACCCGGAGGUGGACCGGUUGCUGAAGGAAGUCACCGGCGCAACGCGCACCUACAUCUUCGACCACACGAUCCGCCGCCCGGCCGCCGACGCGCACGCGCAGCUGCGCACCCCAGUGCACCGGGUGCACAUCGACCAGUCGUUCGCGGCGGCCGUGUCGCGCGUGGGGCACCACCUCCCGGACGAGGCCGCGACCCUCCUGCAGGGCCGGCACCAGAUCAUCAACGUGUGGCGGCCGCUGAAGCCGGUGCGGCGCGACCCGCUGGCCGUGGCCGAGGCGCACACCGUCGACGACGCCGACCUCGUGCCCAUCAAGCUGAUCUACCCGGACCGCGAGGGCGAGACCUACGCCGUGCGCGCCAACCCGGCCACCAAGUGGUACUACCGCCACGCCCAGACGCCCGACUGGGUCACCCUCAUCAAGUGCUACGACAGCAAGACCGACGGCCGCGCCCGCCGCGUGCCGCACACGGCCUUUGUCGUCCCCGGCACCGAGCACGAGGAGCCGCGCGAGAGUAUCGAGGUCCGCGUCUUGGUGUUUACGCCCGACGAUCGCGAGUAG